UCCCUCUCCGCCAUGUCCGCCCUCACCCUCACCGUCUCGACAUCGACCGCGACCACCAACACAGAACAGCAGCACGAGAUCCGUCGGCAUGCACGGUAUUGGCUCGAGGACGGCUCGCUCGUCGUGCGCGCCCAGGAUGACUUCUACAAGGUGCACCGCACGCUACUGCACCGGCACUCGAAGGUGCUUGCCGCGCUUGGGCCCUCUCCAACCGACGACGGACACACAGUCGAUGGACUAGUUGUCGUACACAUCCCGGACGCAUUAGAGGUGAGGAGCGCGGACUUUGAGGCCCUCCUCGAGCACCUCUAUCACGAUGCGCCAAUAGACGACACCGCGCCGUUCACACGCGUCGCUUCUGUGCUGCGCGCGUCGGCGAAGGAGCAGCUGGACUUUCCUGCGAUACAUGCUCUGGCGCGGACGCGGCUCGAGGGGAUGUUCCCGGCGGAUCCGGAGUCCGCGCCGUUUGCCAUGGAGCACGCAGAGGAAGCCCUUACGCUCGCGGUCAAGCACGACAUACCCUCGAUCCGCAAAGCGUUGUACUAUAGCAUUGCAACGCACUCGCACGACCACGGCGCGGACGACCCCAACGCACCUGCCCCGCGCCUGCCGCUAUCCCCCGAAUUGUCCGCGCGGUGCGACGCGCUGCUCGAUAACCUCAUCGCGCACUUCACCCCGAUCCUCUUUACCGUCGCGACCGCGGGGCACAUGGCGUGCACGGACGUGUUCGCGGAGAAGUGGAUGCCGCUCGUGAUCCAGCGCGCGCUGGACGAGAACGGACUUUGUCGGCCGCUGGAGACGUUGGAGGAGAUCAUCGCGAUCGACUGGGCGGCAGAGGGACUAUGCGAAGAGUGUGUGCGGGAUAAGAGGGAGGAGUGGAGGGGCGAGCAGAAGGAUGUCUGGGCACGUAUGGAUGGGUGGUUAAGUUGAAGAGAGUGCUGAAGCAGUCAAUUAAAUCAUGUUGUAGCAUUACUUACAGUCAUUCUAGAGGACCGCGUGUAUGUGCGCAGUAAAUCUGGAAAGA